CAACAGGGACAAUGUGUACAUUUACUUUAGCCUACCACUCCAUAGGGCUCACCUUGCAGAGCUUACAUGCCAAUUAGUUUCACACUUGGGUUACGUCUGAAGAACUAAUGAAGACCUGAUUGGCUGCAAAGGAGAUUGCUAGAAGUGAAACAUCUGAAUCUCAUGUUCGUGAUUGUAAGCUCUUUUGAGCUAAAGCUUGCAAUGAUUUUGGGAUUUCCAGAGAGAGGCCCAGUCUCACUGUCCUGGUACAAGUGGAUACAAUGGUGUUUCAGGCAAUGGGGAAACUGCUGGGGUACAAGCACCGGACCAAGUCUAUAAAUAAGGACAAAAAGGAGAAGAAGGGCUCCAUAGAGCCCGAGAAGAUGUACCUGGAACCUCGAUACACAGCUGCCCGGAUAGUGGAUGCUGAUAUCCUUAUGUUGGUGGCAUUACCGAAAGGUCUUAAUGUGGAUGAGUGGCUGGCCAGCAACGCCUCGGCCUUUUAUAACCACGUGAGCCUUUUCUACGGUGCCAUUUCUGAAUUCUGCACAAUAUCAACCUGCCCGACCAUGAAAGCCUGGUCCAUCCAAUACCAGUGGACGGAUGAGAAAGGCCGGAAGAAGAAGUGUUCAGCCCCACAGUACGCAGACUAUGCUGCCAGCAUCAUUCAGAAAUUCCUGACAAAUGAAGAUCUGGUACCAACAAAGCACUGUAAAGAAUUCCCAAAGUCUUUCAGGCCGUCAAUACAAAAGACUUUCAGGCUUCUCUUUCACCUCCUGGGGCACAUCUACACGUGUCAUUAUAAAACGGCGGUCACCUUGGAGUUGCACCCACACCUGAACACCCUCUACUUGCACCUCUUACUGUUCUGUGCAGAGUUUGAACUGCUCGAUUCCAAAGAGAUGGCGCUGAGCGAAGACCUGACCACAGCCCUGAUUCGCUCCAGUCCCGGGCCGAAGACUACGGGAAACCAUUCUCGGAACACCUGAAACGAGCCCAGGAAUUCAUCUUUUUAUACAUAAAUAUAUAUUUCCUACUGCCACAUGCAUAGCCAAGUACAAUAUUAUUACAUAUCGAUAUUCCAGAUUCUAUACAGGGUGGCAUGCUUUCUUUUGGGCAAAAUGUGCAUUACAAAUCUGAGCAGCUGAUUGGCUGGAGAACAAACCAAUGUGGGAACCAGUAUGAAGCUUCUGUUCUCAGAUAUUCCAGGAGACGGUGUUGAUGGCAAAUAAUCUUGGAUGGCCAAUAAUAUGCCAACCACAGGAAUGAGAGAGAGAAAUAUUAUAGUUGCUCCGCAAAUGCUGUAUUGUGGAACAGACAAUCAAUAGCCAUUUGGACUCAAUGUUUUUAACUAUCACAAAGGUCAGAGAUACCAAAUGAGAAGAAUAUCCUUUUUUUUUUUUUUUAUUAUUAUUUUUUACUCAUGGAUUUUAUCAUUCAAAAGGACAGCGUUACAGUUGAGGUUUCUAAAUUUUUACUUGGUGGGACUUGUUACUUUAAAAAAAAUGCACUUAACUUUUGUAAUUUAUUCAUUUAAUUAAAAAAAACAGAAAUUAAAAAGAAAA